AGCCAAGAGCGCGCAACAUAGGCCGCAUAAUUUUCUAGUGCAAUUUCUAUUCUAUUUAGGUAAUUUUAGUUUUUAGCGCAACGUGAUUUCCUGACAGCUUUAAAACCCACUCACACGUAGAAGAAACUUAUUCCCAAAAAGUGUGAGACAUCCACCUAAACAGCAGGCCAAGCUUUUCCUGACGCCACAAAAACGGAAUCACACCAAUUAUCGAUUUUGUGCACAUGAAAAGCGUUUGCCAAGUGUCUGCAAUUCCCUGAGAAUAUUUGGCCAAAUUCCCUCAUAAGUCAAGUGCACAAGUCGGCUAAGAAAUAAUGGCAGCCAAGCGGAAUGCGGUGACCACGGAAGCUCCGGAAUCGUCGGCGCCCGGCGAAGGAACCGCCCUCGCCCUCGACUCCCGCCUGUCCAAACGCGUGGAGAGCGUCAUCCCCAAGAAGCGACACGAGGCGCUCAAGUGGUUCGGAUGGGGCUAUAACGAUUCCCAGUUCUACGGCCAGGAUGGGAUCAUCUGUUUUCGCGGUGAAAAAUAUCCCCUCGGUGGCUGCGAGCUGCCCAGCUUCACGAAGUGGGUGGAGCAGAAGUUCGACCUGAGAGUGGAUACUAGCAAGCCGUAUCCCCAGCUGCCACGAUCGUACCCGCGACCCGUGGAGAACGCACCCUUCCUGCACGAGCUGAAGGGCACCACCCAGGUGGAUUACUCCGUGGAGGGCAUCGACCGGCUGGUGCGGUGCCAUGGACAGACCCUCAACGAUAUAUACAGCCUGUGGCACCACAAGUUCCGGCGGAUUCCCGACUUGGUGGUGUGGCCGCGCUGCCACGAUGAAGUGGUCCAGUUGGUGCGGCUGGCCCACAAGCACAAUGUGAUGCUGGUGCCUUUUGGUGGCGGAACGAGUGUAUCGGGAGCCAUCACCUGUCCGCAGAAUGAGAGUCGCAUGAUCUGCGCCCUGGACACCUCCCAGAUGAAUCGACUAUUGUGGCUCAACCGGGAGAAUCUGACCGUAUGCUUUGAAUCCGGCAUUGUGGGUCAGGAUCUGGAGCGGGUGUUGCGUGGUGAAGGUCUGACAGUUGGCCACGAACCCGAUUCCUAUGAGUUCAGCACCCUGGGAGGCUGGGUGGCCACCCGUGCGUCCGGCAUGAAGAAGAACGUCUAUGGGAACAUAGAGGAUCUGGUGGUGCGAGUGAGGAUGGUCACUCCGUCGGGAACGCUGGAACGGGAGUGCAGUGCGCCGCGCGUGAGUUGUGGACCUGAUUUCCAACAUGUCAUCCUGGGAUCCGAGGGCACUCUGGGAGUGAUCACCGAAGUGGUGCUCAAGGUGCGUCCCCUGCCAUCGGUGAGGCGUUACGGAUCCCUGGCCUUUCCCAACUUCGAGCAGGGAGUGCUCUUCAUGCGCGAAGUGGCGCGGAGGAGAUGCCAACCCGCCUCCGUCCGGCUGAUGGACAACGAGCAGUUCAUGUUCGGCCAGGCCCUGAAGCCGGAAAAGUCCUGGUGGGCCAGUGUGGUGGAUGCGAUGAAGCAGCGCUACGUUACCUCCUGGAAGGGCAUCGAUCUCAACCAGAUCUGCGCUGCCACCUUACUCUUCGAGGGCGAUUUGAAGGAUGUCCAGCGACAGGAGGCGCUCAUCUAUGAGAUCGCCGCAAAGUUCCAGGGAUUUCCGGCAGGUGGACAAAAUGGGGAGCGGGGCUACAUACUCACCUUCGUGAUUGCCUACAUUAGGGACUUUGGACUUCAUCAGGGAAUUGUGGCGGAGUCCUUCGAGACAUCAGUGCCUUGGGAUCGCUGCAGUCUGCUCUGUCGUUCUGUCAAGCAGCGAGUUGUUUCGGAGUGCAGCAAACGUAGUAUUAACUACUACACCAUUUCGUGUAGAGUAACGCAAACCUACGACGCCGGCGCCUGCAUCUACUUCUACUUUGGAUUCCGCAGCACGGACGUGGCCGAUCCCGUCGAGCUCUUCGAGGCCAUCGAGCACAGUGCCCGCGAUGAGAUACUGUCCUGCGGCGGAUCACUGUCGCAUCACCAUGGAGUGGGAAAGAUACGAAGCCAUUGGUACCGCAACGCCGUCACCGAAACGGGCAGUUCACUGUACUCGGCGGCCAAGCGGCAUCUCGAUCCGAAGAAUAUCUUUGCUCUGGGCAACCUCCUGCCCCUGGAGGAGGCUCAUCCACCACCACCCACAUCAUCCAUACCACCAAAGGCCAAAUUGUAGAGGGUAGCCCACUCCAUAGUGCGCUUAGUUCGUUUCCUAGUCUUAGUCACAUUACUGAUUUCCUAGUCGCUCUUGGGGGUUCGGGUCUCCAGUUCUUUUGCAGCGGGCUCAUGUUUUCUAUGGGUUUUGAUA